AUGUCCCGUGCCCUGGAGAAGCGGAAACUCUGUCUGGAGGCGUUAAAAAUCAAGGCUGCCGUCAAGCUGCAGCGCGUGUUUCGAGGUAUCAUCUUGCCACGCUUGCGCCAGCUGCGUGAGACAGUGGGCAAGAUACGAGAAAAGUGUCUCCUGCAGCGCUUGCAGCAACGCCUUGGACGCUUUCUGCGUGCCAGACGUCUGUCUCGCCAAUUGAAAGCAGAGGCUAGAGGAAUUGAUCAGGACAGCCUGCCUCGAUUAACUGCCUCAGCACUUCGGAUCCAAGCCUUCUGCAGAGGUCGUUGGAGUCGGAAGGGCUGGAGCUACUGUUGGGAUCCUCCCUUCAAGCGGGCCUGCACGCUGGCAGCCCGGCAGGAACAAGCUGCCUCAAGCCUGCCUUCGCUCACUGCUGCACUGACACGACAUUUUGCUGAGUUGCGGCAUCGUCGGAGGUGCAGAUGGAGCAACGCACGAGUUCGAAGAACUUGGCUGCCUGCGCUUCAGGCAGAAUUCUCCAUGCUCAGCUCGUGGUGUUUUGAGGCUGAGGAGAACGAAAGACGAGUGGACUUUGAAGCCCGUAACUUGCGGCGCCUUGAGGCUCAAUGGCAGAAGUAUGCAGAAGGCUUGGAGACCUUCGCCCGCUCGCAUGCCAUGGAUCGUUCGAAGAAUCGAGACCAAUGGGUUGCGACUGUCAGUGACGGCAAGGCAGUCUGGCUCAACGAACGGACUGGGCAGAUUCGCCCCAGCGAUCCCGUUGAAGCCCGGGUGCGGGGCACCCUGGCACGGGAGCGCAAGAAGGCGGUUGACCGCUUCGAGGAGCAAGCCAGGUCAUGGAGGACAACCUGGGAGGAGGAGGACCAGGCGUCUGCAGAGCUUUAUGCCGCUGGGCAAGCUGAGCUUCAGGACAUCACCAGGAGCUCGUAUGCUGCGACAUUCUACAGCGUUGCGGAAAAACACCGAUGA